AUGACGGCUGUUGUUGACGAAGGGACCAACACUGGAGAGUUCUUUGGAAUCAGUAGUGCUGGUUCCUUCACAGCUCAAAUUAAAAAGGCUAUCGAUAUUCGUCUGGGGAAACCUGGGACAGGACCCUCCAAUAGUGUCCCAGCUACAUCGCGUUCGGUUCUAGGGGUCACAGGCGCCGGUGAUGCGCCAGCACCUGAGCUCUCUUACGUUCUGCCUCCACGUCGACAAGCAGAUCAUCUCAUGGAGCUUUACUGGUUCUAUGUAGAUCCUUUGUAUCCGUUCCUGGACCGAAAGCGUUGGACCAAUGCAUACAAUGCCAUCUUCGCCGGUACAGUAAUUGAUUUCAACGAACGCAUCUUCGUUGCUACCCUCAACAUCAUCUUUGCUCUUUCCACACAGCUACAUGAGUCUCAGUCUCUCGAGCAACGAGAACAGUCAAGCGAAACCUACUUCCGCCGAGCCCAAGAUUUGUUACCAAUGAGCCCCUGGGAGUCUGGAUCUCUUGAGCUUGUACAGUGUUUGUUGGUUACGAGCCAGUAUCUUCAGAGCACUUACAAUCCGCAUCAGACAUGGAUGGUUGUUGGCUCGGCAAUAAGAAUGGCUCAAGGCUUGGGACUUCACCUACCGGAAACAUCGGCAGAUCGAUCUGAUCCAGGGGAGCGAGAACUAUUGCGGCGGAUAUGGUAUGGGUGCAUUCUCAUGGAUAGGAUGGUGUCUGUAACCCAUGGACGGCCUGCCAUGAUCUCGAAACGUCCUGCAAUGGCCGUCCCGUUACCCAACACAUCACCACCUGUUGACCCGAGAGAUGUGACAUCGGGAAGAGACAUAGGGUACUACAGCUUCUUUGUCGAGUCAGUCAGACUCUAUGAGAUAAUUCACCAAACCAUGAUAGCGCUCUACGGAGGCUCUCAUAGUGGGCGAUGCAAAGCAAAAGAGCAUCACGUCCCCGACCACGACAGUUCAGAUAACGAUGAUGAAGAUCUCGACAAGGUCGUUCAACUGGAUCGUUCGCUCAGUAAAUGGGAGAAGAAACUUCCAGAUCACCUGAAGUGGAACAUGCUGGAGGCGAACAAGGACGAAAUAUCACGUCGUCAAGCUGUUAUUCUGCGGAUGCGCUUUCUUCAUGCUCGAAUUCUACUACUUCGACCGUUGCUGUCACGAUUCUGCCUCACACAAUCACCAGCAGAAAACAGUCUAGCCGACGACACCUUACAGAUCCGUGUCAUCCAACAAGGAGCAAUGUUUUGCGUUGCCACGGCUCAGAAUAUUAUCACCACACUUCUCACACACCAGACUCUUGACAGCACUGUUGGUCUUCUACCUGCGUGGUGGUAUCGCGUUUACUAUGUGUACUCAGCCGCCACCGUUCUCAUCGCCGCAAAGUUAAGACCAGAUAUCUUUCCUGCGGUUGAAAUUGGGCGCUCAUGGGGCCAAGCUAUUUCAGUACUGAAAGCUCACGAGAAGUUCGGUCAAUCUGCACGAAGAUGCGUAGCAGCUUUGCAUAUUCUUUCAUCCAAGAUAUUGCAGGCUGUGCCCGGAGGCUUGCUCGGACACGAAGGGGGAAGCAAGAUGACUUCUUGCCGAACCAGCGAAGGGAGCCAAACUGGGGGAGGGCCAGAUGUCCCAGCUGACAUCGAGCUGCCUGACUUGGUGCAGCAAUUGGCUGAUGAGUUUGAGACUCCAAUGCCGGAUCUUUCUUACCAAGACCUGGCUGAUUUCAAUUUUGAUGUAAACGACAUGUCAUGGCUAAAUGACAUGCAGGGGGUUUGGGAACUGCUUAAUGAGUAA